CGGUCAAGGACGGGGAAAAAUGUCUAAACUAACAGAGAUUGUCUAUUGUGGGAUAAUUUUACUUUUGGAAUGCUGGUUUUCUUCGAGCUGCAGCGACAAAGGAACUCCUUCAGCAAUUACUGUCAACAUAACUUGUGACAGGAACUUAUAUUUGUACGUGGAUGGCAAAUAUUUGGGUGGCGAUGUUGCAGAUGCUAAACAAAAGCAUUACUUGACCAACGAAAUAAUGCCGCACAGUCACGUGGUCGCUGUACGUUGCACAGCUUCCACCCCACCCUGGCAAGGGGGUAUAUUGGGUUCAUUUGAGAACGGACUGGUGACUGACACAUCUUGGAGGUGCACCACAUCAGCUGCAUAUGGAUGGAAUAUGAGAAGUUAUCGCGAUGAUGAUUGGCCGAUGGCAACUUCACAUGGAGCUAACAGUCCUUCCACUUUCCCUUGGGGAAAUAUAGACAGCAUUGACAAAAAAGCUGCUUGGAUCUGGUCAAGCGACAACAAAGAUGAUUCUGAAGUUUUUUGUCGGCAUAAGCUUGUUAAAGAAUGCACAGAAGAAAAACAGAGUUACUUCCAGACACCAAAGUCUACCCGAGACAUUGCUAUUCAAGGCUUCCUUCUUCUUAAAGUAAGAGUGGCCGGUGUGAUUGAGUGCGGGCUUAAAUGUGGUCAAAACAGCGCAUGCGUAUCUUUCACGAUACAGAGUUCGGACAUUCGUGGAUCUAGGUUGUGUGAACUUCAUAAUGUCACGACCGAGAGUCAUCCGCAAAGUGUUGUUAGGAAGGAGGGUUAUCAAUAUCACGAGGUGGUGCAGACAUUUUAUUAACUGAAAUAAAUAACAAGUGAUCCCCUGUUAGCAAAACAAGAUAAGGUGGAAGGGUGACCGUAGGAACAGUAAGGCGCCACCUCAGAUUUCUUUUUAAAAAAUUCUGAAACAUUUUCCACCGACGACUGGGAAGAAGCUCUUUUUGCAGAUGGAUAAGGUCAUUCCUUCGUAAACUAUGGCGUUAUCUCCUCUCGCGACUGGUAUUAAGCUAAAAAGGGCAACAUUGCAUCAUGUACUUUAUAAGUAACACUGGUGUUCAAGUCUCCGGACACUGCUUUCAGGGGUUUGAAAAGAAAGUUAACAUCUGAAUACGAAAAUUUUUAGUAAGUAGACUUAGCGUCAAAGUGGUUGGUGGGCACCCUCAAUUUUUUCUAUUUUGUUUUGCUUAUUUUUUUUAGACUCGAUCUUAACUGCUCCACACUGAACGGUUUUGAGAAGUGAACCCUUGCAUUUUUAUGAGUAAAACCAAUUUUUUACUCCCUUCCCCCCUACUUUCCUCAUUCACCCCCCUGUUCAUGAUUUGAAUGAAGUUCCAAUCAAUACAGAAACUGAAGCUUCGAUCGCUGAACCUCAACGGUUGUCGAUUAGAAAUCACUCACUGAGUUGUCAAACAGAAAAGUUACCAAAAUGCAUCGCAACUUUGAUCUCGUAGAAUUUCUUCUUGUUUACUUAAUCACACUCAAGCCACGGGGGAAUGUUGCAGCCUGGUAAAAACGAGAAGAUUGAUCUGUUAUUGAGUUGUGUUGAACGUACAUCCCAUUUGCUUGCUUCAGUAAAAGCGAUUUGACCAUGAUACAAACGUCGCUAGGCGCACGUAGUUGUGAAAUUUUUUUAAAUGGAGAAGAGAACGGAUACACACGGAAAAGUUUUGGACUGGAGGCCUGGAUGGCGCUUCAGCAAUUGUUUAUUAAGCUACUCUUCUUGCCCUUAAAUUUUGUACACUAAACUUAUCAAAUUCUCCAUGUGAAACGCAUCGAGAUCUCCCUUAGUGCACCUACAAUUUUGAGUAUUAAUAUUACAUAACUUCCAGGGGAAGUAUCAACACUAAUCAGCGUAAUUAGAUUAAUGUUCUACUGAGUGCCAAAAGUAGAGCAGUUUUCAAUCGACGUACGAAAGUUUACCACGAUCGCUUUGAUUUUGCCUAACUCAGUUCGCUCUGUGAUUGGACCAGAAUUACUUUCUCCACCUUACCGACCAAUCGGAUUCCAAAUUAAAACCAAUCAUGAUUUGGUCGCCCGCGUUUUCCUGCGUUUCGUGCAGUUUGCAUGUUUUUACUCAGAGUUUAAAUUGGCUAAUGAUGAUGUCGACCUUCGUUGCGAUUGGCAGCGGUGAUUACUUACGUUUUGGCUUUCGAAACUCAACUGAAAACUGCUCCAAUACAGGAUUGCAUUAGCUUUGCUUUACUAGGCUCUCUAAUUCGCCAAUCCAAUUCAAAACUAUGGCCAAUCACGACUUGGUCGCCCACGCCUUGCUUGUUUUUACUUUGAAAUCUCAUUAGUUCCCCCAUUAUAAUUAACAGUAGGUUGUGGUCUGUGUCUCCAUUGUUCCCACACCACAGGAAAAUACAUG